AUGCUCAACCCUUUCGUAAACGUGCUGCAAACGUCCCGCACGGAUGGAGCCAAGCUUUCACGGCCCUUGCUGUCCAACUGGUCAUUCCCAGUCCGAAGCGUUGCAGAUGGCAGGCGCCUCAAAGUUUGUGAAGCUACGAAGGAAUACAUGCACAGCAUGGAUCUUUGGCUCUUUGAACAUGGUCCGUUGGAGAACAUGCCGUUGCUACACUAUCACAGCCUGUGCCGUCAUAUGAUGUCGAAGGUUGAACAACGCGUCUCUGUCCAGUUCAUGAGUGAUGGCGUGAAGGCGCUCGAAGACGGCGGCGCCGGUGCCAGGGGUGGGAAGAAUCCCACGGGCAGACACUGGCACCUGGCUAAGGUCGGGUACGGUGCGAGCAGAACUGCCGAUGCUUUUUUGGAGAGCGUGGGCCCGGAGAUGGACAUAGGCGUUUACGUAACGGUGCACGUGGAAGACAUCCUCGUGGAUGAGGGCAACGAGUCGCUGUUGCUGGACGUCACCCUCUGCUUGUGGGACUCCCAGCUGCCCGCUGAUUUCUUCGUCGCCGAGAGCGGUCCCUCGGCCCUCGCCACCGCGCUCGCCCGAGGCUGCGAGAUCGUGGUGCCCUUCCUGGACCAGCUCCUGCCGAUGGCUGUCGAGCGUGGCAGGCGCACCUACUGCCACCGGCCCGACUGCCGGUAUCUCGCCACCGCCAACAGCGGGGGCGCGGGCUGGAGCGGUAGGGGCGGCGAUGGGAAGGGCAAGGAUGAUCCGCCGUUGUGCUUGUGUGCCGCGGGAAAGGACAUAUCUCCCUCGCUCGUGAAAGGCCUAAGAGACAGCGGACGAGCGGAGGUGCUGCCCAGGCUCUACCACGCCGUGCUGCCGACCCUUAUCGCGGUAGACGACGUCGAAGGCUUCCGUCUCAAGUCCAAUGCUCUCGUGGACGAUGAGGGAGGAGGCCGCGGCGGCUUCGCGCACCUGAAGAAGCCGGUGGGUAAGAGCUCUGGCGCGAUGCUGUCGUACAACGGGCCAAUCAGGGGGGUCGGCAACAUCGUUGAGUCCGUACCGGUGGCGGCCGUGCAAGAGCGAGGCGGCGGUGUCGCUAACCAACCUUUAGGUUCCGUUUCCCCUUCGGCGGCGAACGCCCUCGGCGGAGUCGAAGGCAACGACAGCGCCUACGCCAACGGCAAGCCCUCCUCCACCGCUGUCUCCUCUGCUAAAACCGAUUCCCUGGUGGGAGUGGACGAGGAGACACGCCGCGUUCUGGCCAAGGCCGGGUUGGGCAGGAUGCCCGCCACCACGUUCGAGUGGGUCAAGUUCGAGCGAGUCCAGCAAGGUCUGCCGGCGGACACCCCUUGCCCGGUAUGCCAGGAGCUGAAUGGCCUAAUGAGGUGCUCCAGGUGCAAGAUCGUCAAAUAUUGCUCGCGGGAAUGCCAGAAGCAGCACUGGCACACCCACCACAAGCUGGAGUGCUAUGCCGACAGCUAGUCGGCUAAUUGGUUCGCCCCGUGUAGAGAUCGGCGUAUUUGCUUCUUCUCCGUAACUCCUUCCGUUUUCUGUUCGCCCCUUUGCGAACCCAAACGGGAUUAGGGUUGAGAGUUGGGUUCUUUUCCAUAUCCCGCAGAACAGGUUCCUUUUGUUGUUGGUUUGAUUGUGUCAUAUGUGCCGUACUUGCUUUCAUGUCUCGUGGGUGUACCGUUCUGUGGAUUGGCGGGUUCCGGCUGAUGGGAGGGACAUAAUGACAUUUGCAUGCAAUCGUUGUUUCGUAUUUGAAGGUACUCUCUUGCGUGCUUGGUCCGGGAGCACCUGAGUUUAUUGAUGUUUUCUCUGCGGGGCAAAUUGCAAAUGGCACGUUCUCUGGAUUAGAUCCUUGCCGUGCGCCUCCUCCAUUUGACUGGUGAGAGAGUCCAAGUUGAUUUGCACCCGCUUUUUUGGACGCUUUGCGUUCUUUCCCUGCUCUAGCGGUUAGCGCAGCCAGUGUGUAUGUAUAUCUAGGCCAUGUCCUAACACUCGUUAGGAAGCGAUGAAGUCUUUUUCGUAAACGAAUCUCUCGCGUCCUGUCCUUUCGAAGCUGUCACAGCCUAGCGUCCUGAUGUCGUGAUAUGCAUACAGUAUGCUUUAUUUCCGCACAACAAGCAAUCGAGUUGGAGACCCCCACACCAUUUUGAAUGCAGAUUAGUUUUGGGCGCAUGUAUUUUUUAUCAUUGGACUCUGUCGACUGCCCCUCUGGCCCCCAUCCUCCACUUCUA